CGACUGGAGCCAGUUGAUCGUGCGGCCUUUGCUCAGUGUGCCACUAUGCGCCUAUUUCAGUCUCAUUGCGAUCUUCAAACAGCGCGCUUCGCUUGUCAACCAAAUGAUCGCACCCGCUUUUUGUACGCUGACGCGUGUUGCGCGCUCCACCGUCUCGCGUCUGCACAAAGUACUGCACCGCAAUUUAAGCGCCUCGGUGACAGAUGGCAAAUAUGUUUUGGUGCAAUGCGAUCGGGCGAAUGCCGCGGUUGGAAAUGCAUCAAUGAAAUUUCCCAGUGUUUGGUUACGUGACAAUUGUUAUUGUGAGGAAUGUUACCAUCAGAGUUCGAAAUCACGUCGCAUUAAUUGGGAUAAUUUCGAUACUGAAGUGGUGGCGCUCGAUGUUAAGGUAGAUUCAGUUGCUGAGCAAGUCACAAUCAAGUGGAGCGAUCAGCACAUUUCUACAUACGAGCUGAAGUGGUUAAGAGAGCGGGAAUUUUGUGAUGUGCGUAGACAAAAGUAUUUAGACGAGUUUUAUCGUCCAAAACCGAAACAUUGGGCUGGUCAGCAAUUUAGAGAAAUUAGUGAAACUUUCAAAUUCGAAGAUGUGAUGCAGACUGAUGAUGCUCUCCGCCAGUGGCUCGAGGCUCUAGCCGUGCGAGGUGUUGCCAUAAUUGAGGAUGCGCCGCUCGAAGCGACUGUUGUUCGCCAAUUAGCCGAUCGCGUGGGUUUCAUACGUCGCACCACAUAUGGUGAAGAAUUUAUUGUGCAAGCCAAACCAGGCGCUAAGAAUUAUGCCUACCUUUCGGAUCCGCUGCCACUGCACACCGACCUGCCCUACUACGAAUACAAGCCGAGCGUGAACAUUUUGCAUUGCCUGGUGCAGUCGAAAUCAAAAGGCGGCAGUAACCUGCUGGUCGAUGGCUUUCACAUUGCCGAUCGCUUGCGCACCGAACACCCAGCGGAUUACCGUACACUAACCGAGACGUUGGUUGAUUGGAAUGAUAUCGGUAGCGAAGAUGGGCGGAGUUUUCACAAUAUCUGGCGGGCGCCAGUGAUAUGUUUAGACAGUGACGGAAAUUACACGCGUAUAAAUCACAGUGUUCCCCAGCGCGACAGUCAUUUCUCCGUGCCUCUGCCCGCUGUCAUACCCUGGUAUCAGGCCUAUGCCAAGUUUGUGCGUUUGGCGCGACGCGACGCUUUUGCAUUUAAAACGAAACCGGGCGACGUUUUGACUUUCAAUAAUAUUCGCCUGCUACACGGCCGCACCGGGUACGAUGACACCGAGCAGAAUGUGCGGUACAUUGUGGGUGCCUACCUCGACUGGGACAUCAUCUAUUCGAGGCUGAGAGUCCUGAAAGGCGCACAGGCGGAGAGCAUAAACGAAGGCAAUGCAGCAACAGCGGCGGCAAGAGACGCAAAGGCAUCAGCAACAACUAUCAGUGGUUUAUAGGAAUCACAGCCGCUGGAGGCCUGACUGCUGGUUGCACAAGUGCUAUGCUUCAUAUAUCGUUGGCGACAACAAUUGGCGCUCUGCUGUUUGGGGAUGUCAAGAGGCGGGCAACAACCUUCGCAGCAGCAACAGCAGCCACAGAAAUAAGAGCAACAGCUGGUGUCGGUGGUUCAAUGGGUUUGCGGUGCAAUGUUUUCUAUUAGAAAUUUUUUGCCGACACUUCCUUCAUUAUUUUUUGAUUCUUCCUUUCCUUUUUCUGCCUCUGCUUCUGCAUUUGCAGUUGUUUUUGUGUUUGCAUGUCUUUUAGAAUUUUAUUGAUUUUUAAUAGAAUAACGAACAGCAGGCGGCCGGAAGUUGUGGUGACGUUAAAGAGGAUAAUUUGCUUGCUUUCACACUCAGAUUAUAAUCAACUUAAAGGAUUAAGCAGAGUGAUUGAAGAGUACAUUUGUUAUUACCUGUAAAUUAUAUUAAAUUCAAAUACCUUAAU